AUGGAAAGUCCCGGCCCGGAGGGCUAUCGGACACCAACCAUCGAAGAUGCCGAACGCAUACAGUCCAUGAUGGAGCAGGGAGACAGUCCUGGCAGCAGGGUGCACGAUGUCCGCACCUCCGCCCAUGACGCCGCGAUGAAGAGAAGCUCCUCUCGAACAGCCGAGGAACCGAGCCAUGGGAGUAAGGAGUCUCAUGUCCCGGAAUACGAUGGCUCAAUUCUUUCUCGAAGGAGAACCGACCCGUCCAAAUUGAGUUGGAAGAAACGAUUUCGGCACGUUACGUGGGCAUACUUCACCUUGACCAUGGCCACAGGCGGCUUGGCCAAUGUUUUAUAUGCAGUCCCCUACCGGUUCCGGGGCUUAGAAAUAAUUGGGGACGUUGUUUUCCUAACCGAUAUUGUGCUCUAUCUCAUAGUCUGGGGUCUUUUGGGUUUGAGAUUCUAUCUUUACCCGUUUACCUUCAAGGCAUCUUUACUCCACCCGACAGAGUCCUUGUUUGUUCCAGCCUCGGUGGUGUCCUUUGGAACGAUAUUGAUCAAUAUAUCCCAGUAUGGCGACGGAAAUACGGGUCAAUGGCUACAGCGAGCAGUAGGAAUUCUGUUCUGGAUUCACGCUACCCUCGCUGUGAUUUUCUCGGCGGGCAUCUACCUCCUAAUAUGGUCGACCCAGACCUACACAAUAGCACAGAUGACUCCGAUUUGGAUAUUUCCUGCUUAUCCUAUGCUUAUCACCGGACCGUAUGCUGGGGUUUUAUCCGGGAAGCUAGAACCGUCGCGCGCGCUGCCCAUCAUCGUCGGGGCCACUACUAUCCAGGGAAUUGGAUUCUUGAUCUCGCUCAUGGUCUACUCGGCCUUUAUCUAUCGGCUAAUGACGCAGAAACUCCCAAAGGAGAAUAUGCGCCCCGGUCUGUUUGUCUCCGUGGGUCCUAGCGCAUUUACCGUCGCGGGGCUCGUCAGUAUGGCCGCGGAGGCGAAACGGUGCUUCCCAUCUGAUUUCAUGGGCAACGGCGAGUUAGCUGCCGAUAUAAUCCGGGUGACGGCUGAUUUUGCGAUGUUGUGGUUGUGGGGGUUAGCAAUAUUUUUCUUCAUCAUCGCUAGCGCAGCGAACCGAUCGGCUAUUAGACCGUGGCGCACAGACUUCUCGAUGACUUGGUUCUCGUUUGUGUUUCCUAACACUGCCCUGAUCACCGCCACCUUUGCUAUCGGCAACGCAUUUUCUUGCAAGGCCAUCAACAUUGUUGGCUGUGUCGCCGUCUUCCCCCUGCUGUUGGUGUACUUUUUCGUUUGCUAUAUGAUGAUCCGGGCCAUUAUUCAGCACCAGAUCUUGUGGCCUCAAAGAGGAGAGGACCGCGACGAAGGUGGAUUUGAGAUCCAUCAUUUCAACCCUAAUGCCGAAGUUGACGAGGAGGAUCAUACAGCUGCCUAG